AUGAGCUCCCUCAGAUUGACGAUUCGUAGCGUGAUGUGGAAUAUCUAUAUCCACACCUUCAAGCAAACCGUCAUCAAACCGACGAGAGCCGAUGCUAUAGCUGGCUUCACAUGUUCUAACGGCCUCAGCAUCUCUACCAGAACCAUUUUCGAAGAUCUAAAGAUUAUUUAUCCGAGUUUGCACGAUUAUCCCAAUCUAACGCUGUGGGAAGUACGCGACGACGGGUCCGUCGAGUUUAUAAAUUCUGCGGAUGAAGAUAGAGAGUUCGAAUUUAAAACGUUGGCAAAUAAUUUAAGACUGUGCUUGGGGCUUAUAUUCCAUGAUACGAACCACGUUUUAUGUCAGGAUUUGAUAUCUAGAGGGGCGGGGAUUACUGAGCACUUUCAUGGUAUCUUCACCGACACAGUAGACUAUUCUAUGGAAGACCAUGCUGACAAGAGAUCUAUUUGCUUAAUAGCCGGAUGCGCCAAAGUACCAGUCCUCAAAUUUGACCCCGAAAAGAAUGGAUAUUUGCCCAAUGAGCCAACUUAUCACAUCUCUCCGACACGGAGAAGUCAUACGCCGUCAGAAGACUCUGCCUCCCGUCCUGCAACUCCAGGCUCAGAUGAGUUACGACAAAGGGAAGAGCAAGAAUCCCGCGAGUUUGCCAGGAACAACUUCGACAUCGAUCCAAAAUCAUUCGAAGGGUCGGUCAAAUACGCCUAUACGGAAUGCCUGAUCACCCGAACGAAUAGUAGAUGUGGCCCACUCCUGUGCGGUCCGGGGUAUGCGGCCACCCAUAUGGUCCCGCCGACUUUGUGGUUUGCCUACCCGGAUGAACGCCCUGUUGAAGAUUUUCUGAGUUAUGAUGAUGAACUCGUUCUAAAUUGUCCCGAAGAGAGGGAUAUUUAUCCUUUCAAUGCCACCCCUUCACCUAAUACCGACGAACCUGGUUUGAGAAGUAGAAUGAUAUCGACUUGGAGUGUAUGCAAUGGGUUACUUCUACGAUCCGACGUUCAUGAAAUGUUCAAUCGACGGAUAAUUGCAAUCCAUCCAGUAACCUAUCGAAUACGGUUAUUUGGGGCCAUGCCUGUUGUCCUCGAAUAUCAUGGACAAGUGGUUCAAUGGAGGGAUGGGAUGAUGGCAGACAGAGUAGCGUUAGCCCAUCAUUACACACAGUGUGUAAUUGAGAAUGUCGGUGCGAAUUCGAUUGAACGUUAUCGAUUGCAAUCCUCCCAAGUUCUCGGAGUUUGGAAGCGACAAGUUGAUACCAUUUUACAAUCAGCCUGGGGAGGAGACGACGCUAGCAAAGACAACUACAUCCAAGAGGAAAGCUUGAUAAAAGAGCAUUCAUGGUAA